AUGGGCACAUUCAAAGCACCCGAUGGUGAAUAUUUUCUCGAGCCUCUGUUGAAGGCAGACGGUAGUGAACACGAAGACGGUCAUAACAAACCGCAUCUCAUCUACAGGUACGAAGAGAUCAAAAAUGAUCAUUCUCAGGCUCUGCCCAGACCUUGCGACGUGUCAGAAAAUGAAACAAAGGGAAGUAGUCUACCAUUUCAAAACUACAACAGCAUAAAGGAAGAUAUUAAUGCACAAAAGGAAAUGGUUCUACAAUAUCUCUUAAAAAAUGGAUCUCUAACAGACGAAAGGAGUAAAACACAUAACCGGAAAAAGCGUUUUCUCUCGUAUCCAAGAUACGUGGAAGUUAUGGUUACGGCAGAUGCUAAAAUGGUUCGCUAUCAUGGACGGAAUUUGCAGCACUACAUAUUAACCCUAAUGUCAAUUGUUGCAGCAAUUUACAAAGACCCAAGCAUUGGAAACCUCAUCAAUAUCGUGAUUGUAAAAUUAGUUGUAAUUUACAAUGAGCAGGAGGGACCAGUCAUCAGUUUUAAUGCAGCUGCCACUUUACGCAACUUUUGUUUAUGGCAACAAACGCAAAAUACAUUGGAUGAUUCCCAUCCUCCCCAUUAUGACACUGCCGUUCUUAUUACUCGGGAAGACAUCUGCAGAGCUAGAGAGAAGUGCGAUACACUAGGAUUAGCAGAGUUAGGUACUAUGUGUGACCCACUGCGCAGCUGUUCUAUAAGUGAAGAAAAUGGACUAAGUGCGGCUUUCACUAUAGCACAUGAACUUGGCCACGUAUUUAACAUUCCUCACGAUGAUAGCUUUAAAUGUAAGGAAGCAGGAAUUAAGCAUCAGUAUCACGUAAUGGCGCCGACCUUAAAUUAUCACACGAGCCCUUGGACCUGGUCAAAAUGCAGUCAAAAAUACAUCACUGAAUUUUUAGAUACUGGUUAUGGGGACUGUCUCCUUGAUAAACCGAACGGAAGAACAUAUGAUCUGUCAUCACAACUACCCGGAUCAGUGUAUGAUGUCAACAAACAGUGCGAAUUAAUGUUUGGAGCUGGUUCACAAGUAUGUCCAUAUAUGAAGCAAUGCAAACGUCUUUGGUGCACAAGUGCUGAAGGAGUUCACAAGGGCUGUCGUACGCAGCAUAUGCCGUUGGCUGAUGGGACAGAUUGUGGUUAUGGAAUGCACUGUCGCCAUGGACUCUGUGUAAACAAAGAUAUGGAAACCCGUCUCGUCGAUGGUCAGUGGGGCCCUUGGGGACCUUAUAGUUCGUGUUCAAGAACCUGUGGAGGUGGAAUCAAAAGCACGGCAAGACUCUGUAACCGGCCUGAGCCAAGAAACGGAGGAAAGUUCUGUGUGGGCCGCAGGAUGAAAUUUCGAUCAUGUAACACUGAUUCAUGUCCAAAAGGCACACCAGAUUUUCGCGAGGAGCAGUGCUCCAGUUUUGACGGUAAACAUUUCAACAUCAACGGUCUUUCACCUAAUGUGCGAUGGCUUCCAAAAUACAGUGGCAUUGCCGUGAAAGAUCGCUGUAAGCUCUUUUGCCGUGUUGCUGGGACUACAUACUACUACCAGUUGAGGGACAGGGUUACUGAUGGUACACCUUGUGGAACCGAAACCUAUGAUCUGUGCGUUCAAGGCUUGUGCAGGCCAGCUGGCUGUGAUCAUGUGCUGAAUUCCAAGGCAAAGCGAGAUAAGUGUGGAGUUUGUGGAGGUGAUAAUUCUUCAUGUAAGACAAUGGCAGGCACUUUCAACAGUGCUCAGUAUGGUUAUAAUAUCGUAAUAAAAAUUCCCAGAGGAGCAACAAAUGUUGACAUUCAGCAGCACAGCUAUUCAGGAAAACCAGAAGAUGACAAUUAUCUUGCACUGUCUGACGCACAAGGACAUUUCAUUCUAAAUGGGAAUUACGUUGUAAGCAUGUCUAGAAAAGAAAUCAACGUUCAGGGAGCCAUUUUUGAAUACAGUGGAUCAAACAACUCCAUAGAAAGAAUCAAUUGCACUGAUCGACUUGAAGAAGAACUUGUUUUACAGGUGUUAUGUGUGGGAAAUUUAUACAAUCCUGAUGUGCGUUACUCCUUCAGCAUCCCAGUGGAAGAAAGAAAUGACUUGUUUAUCUGGGACUCCUAUGGUCCAUGGCAAGAUUGCAGCAAAAUGUGCCAAGGUCUUCGAAGAAGAAAGAUUUCCUGCAUCCGUAAAACUGAUCGCUUGGUAGUUUCUGAUCAACAAUGUGAGCAUAUGCCUCCUUCGUCGGUAGUGACUGAAAGGUGCAAUACAGACUGUGAACUCAGGUGGCAUGUCCUUGGAAAAAGUGACUGUACAUCACAGUGUGGCCCGGGGCAUCGGUCAGUAGAUGUCCACUGCUUGAAGUAUUCUGUUAAUAAAGGACCCAGCGUCCCAGUAGAAGAUAAAUACUGUGGCGAUCAACAUAAGCCUCCACUGAGAGAACUCUGCCAUGGUGACUGUCUCUUCAAAAGCUGGCGUUUCACAGAAUGGUCACAGUGUUCGAGGAGCUGCGGCCGAGGCCAGAGAGGCCGGGAAGCCUACUGUGUGGACAGCCUUGGCCGCCGUCUUGCUGACCAGGAAUGCCAAGAGCUGCCCAGAGUGGUGACGGAAAGCUGCAACCAAUUCUCCUGUCCCCAUUGGGCCACUAAUGAGUGGAGUGAGUGUACUGCAACCUGUGGACGAGGUUAUCAGGUGCGGGCUGUUAAAUGUGUCCUAGCUGCAUACGGGUCUGUGGUUGAUGAGAGAGAAUGCAGUGCAACUUCUCGCCCAUCAGUUCUUCAGGACUGUGAAGCAAGCCCAUGCUCACAUCUCCCGGAACCUCAGGUUACUUCAUUGCCUCCAACUCGCAUAGGAGAGAUGACACAGUGGAGAUACGGCUCUUGGACGCCUUGCUCGGUGUCCUGUGGCCGGGGAACCCGGGCUCGCUACGUAAGUUGUUGGGAUCCGCACUCGGGAGCGGCUGAAGAGUCCUUCUGCGCCCAUUCCCCGAGGCCGGUUGAAAUUUCCAGCUGCUUCAGUCCUUGCGGAGAAUGGCAAGCCGGAGGCUGGUCACCCUGCUCCGUGUCCUGCGGUGCCGGAGUGAGGACGAGACAAGUCGUCUGUGUCAACUACCAUCAACACAUCGAUGAGAAUUACUGUAAUCCCGAAAGCCGUCCCAGGAAGGAAGAAGAGUGUGACCUGGCAUCUUGUCCUGUCGUGCACAACCACUUUCCUAAUUCUGAAGAUGAGCCGAGCCGUUCUCCAGGCAGCAGUUUCCCACAAACUCAGAAGCCAGAAGACGACCGCAAUCACCGCAGUCGGUCAUCGGAAGCGGGAAACCAAUGGAGAACAGGACCGUGGGGAUCUUGCUCCAGUACUUGUGCUAGUGGAUUUCAGCGAAGGGUUGUGGUGUGCCAGGAUGAGAAUGGAAGAAGUGCCAAUUAUUGUGUGGAAACUGCCAAACCACCGGAAUCUAGGGACUGUGAUACUGGGCUGUGUCCUAGAUGGAACUAUGGAAGCUGGGGAGAAUGUUCACAGACCUGCGGAGGAGGAAUAAAAACAAGAUUAGUGAUCUGUCAGCUUCCUAAUGGCCAAAUGUCAAGCGAUCAAAAUUGUGAAAUCCUUGAUAAGCCACCUGCUAUGGAACAAUGUCAAGUGCAUGCUUGUCCCGAUGGGGCUUCGUGGUAUAGAGGACCAUGGAAAUCGUGCUCAGCUUCCUGUGGGAAAGGAAUAAAAUACCGGGAUGUGCACUGUAUGAGUAAGUCCCAAGACAUAUUGGAUGACGAGCAGUGCAGCCUAUCUUGGAAGCCCCGAACCCACAAAGCCUGCAGAUCCGGGAGGUGUCCAGCAUGGAAAGCCAAUAGGUGGAAGGAGUGUUCGGUGUCCUGUGGUGCUGGGAUUCAACAAAGAGAUGUCUACUGCAGAUUGAAAGGUACUGGGCCAGUGACUGAAGAAAUGUGUGACUAUUCAACUCGGCCUCACAGUAUGAGAUACUGCUGGGAGCGUGACUGUAUUGAGUAUCAUUGGUUGGCUGCUGAGUGGCAAGAGUGUUCAGCGUUAUGUAAGAAAAAAGAAACAUAUCGGGACGUGAAGUGCGUCGAUGAACGGCAAAUCCAAGUGAACGAGAGUAAUUGUGAUCCUUCAACGAGGCCUCUAUCUGCUAGAUGGUGCGAGGUCCUUCCCUGCAAAUACAUUGUGGUCACUGGAGACUCUUCCCAGUGUCCAGACAAGUGUGGAUUUGAUUACCGACAAAGAAUAACGUACUGUAUUGGAGUCCAGUCAGUUCAGAGUAACGAGGUGUCUGAGCUUCGGUCAGUAACCUAUAAAGAAUGUCCCGUCCUGCCUUCUCCGCAUAUUCAUAAGUGCAGUUUCAGGGGCUGCCUUCAAGCAGCUACUUGGAAGGUCGGAAAAUGGAGCAAGUGCUCAGACACCUGUGGACUUGGCACACAGGAGAGAAGAGUCGAGUGCGUGACGGAAAAUGGUUGGUCCAGCGACUUGUGCCUUUCACGUUUAAAACCAGAAGCUAGGAAGUUGUGCCAGAGCAGCGACUGUGAAAUACUGACCAAUUGCAAGGAGGUCCAGAUGAAAAAACUGAUUAAGAAUGAUGGCGAAUAUCUAAUGAACAUUGAAGGAAAAAGGAUAAAGGUUUAUUGUUCAGACAUGCAUUUGGAGAACCCCAAGGAAUAUCUGUCAUUGGUCAAAGGUGAAGAAGACAACUUUGCAGAAGUGUAUGGAUAUAGGCUACAAAAUCCAUAUGAAUGUCCCUUCAAUGGAAGCAGAAGACAAGACUGUGCAUGUAGAAAUGACUACCCCGCUGCUGGAUAUACUGCUUUUAGCAAACUAAGAAUUGAUCUCCUCUCCAUGCAAAUUAAAAUUACAGACCUCCGUUUUGCUCAUACCAUAUUUGGAAAAGCGGUUCCAUUCGGCACAGCUGGAGAUUGUUAUAGUGCUGCAAGAUGCCCACAGGGACAGUUCAGUAUCAAUUUGGCAGGCACCGGGUUGAAGAUAUCCAGUUCAGCGAAGUGGAUUGCCCACGGCAAUUAUGCAUCUGUCAAUGUGCAUAGAUCUCUGGAUGGCACAAAGAUAUACGGUAGAUGUGGUGGGUUCUGUGGGAAAUGUAUGCCUCAUUCAAACACAGGCAUCCCCAUCCAAGUCCAGUGA